CAUUAGAAGACCUGGAUGGGGAGUAAGGACACUGUGCACAGAAAACUGUGGUAGCUUCCAAGCCCAGAGAAGGAGGAGCAGGAACAGAUUUGGAAAAAGGGAUUGUAAUCACCUUUCCAUCUAAGGAAAAGCUAGGUUUGCUUCAAGAAAACAAAGCUAUGAGUCAGCUUUUGCCAAAGGUCUAUUAAGUGGGUGAAAUGGGCCUUUUGCUCUUGAUCUGACCUCUGCUGCAGCUUUCUCUUGUAGCACAGCCUGUCCCCUCCUCUGAAGCUGAUAGGCUCUGGCCGGGGGCCAAACCUUGCCUCCUGCAGUUAAAGCAGUCAGGUCGCCAAACGGGCUGUUUUUUUCUCUUCCCAGUGAUGGCGCUGGCCAUCUUUAUCCUCCGGCUGGCAGUUUGCAUCCUGGUACUUCCCCUGUACUUGCUCAACUUUCUGGGCUUGUGGAGCUGGAUCUGCAAAAAAUGCUUCCCCUACUUAUUGGUGAGGUUCAGUGAGAUGUACAACAAACACAUGGCCAGCAAGAAGCGCGAGCUCUUCAGCAACCUGCGGGACUUCGCCGGCCCCUCCGGGAAGCUCUCCCUGCUGGAGUUGGGCUGUGGCACGGGGGCCAACUUCAAGUUCUAUCCGCCUGGAUGCAUGGUGACCUGUGUUGACCCCAACCCCAACUUUGAGAAGUUCUUGAUCAAGAGCAUUGCUGAGAAUCGACACUUGCAGUUCGAGCGCUUCGUGGUGGCCGCCGGGGAGAACAUGCACCAGGUGGCAGACAGCUCCAUGGACGCGGUGGUCUGCACCCUGGUCCUGUGCUCCGUGGAGAGCCAGGAGCGGAUCCUCCAGGAGGUGUGCAGAGUGCUGAGGCCGGGAGGGGCUUUUUAUUUCAUGGAGCAUGUAGCAGCUGAGCAUUCAACCUGGAAUUACUUCUGGCAACAGGUCCUGGACCCAGCCUGGUAUCUCCUGUUUGACGGGUGCAACCUGACCAGAGAGAGCUGGAAGGCCGUGGAGAAGGCCAGCUUCUCCCAGCUGAAGCUGCAGCACAUACAGGCCCCGCUGACCUGGGAGCUGAUGCGCCCUCACAUCUAUGGAUAUGCUGUGAAAUAGUGCGAGCAGGGAGUAAAAAGCUGAAUGAAUGGCUCGAAUAAUGUAAGGCUUCAGUUUUAUACUUAAAAUACUAAUUGGGAGAAGAGAAACCCUCUUUGAGAUAAAGUUGAAUUUCAUCCCCAAAAGUUUACAUUAAACCCUAUUUAGCCAGUUUCUAUUGCCUCCCAAAAAAUCAAAAACAAAACAGCUUUGAACUCUCCUUUAGAAGGAAAUGGUAAGCUUUGAUCAUUGAAGUCUACCAUUAUCCCCAAACCUUAGUUUAUUCAGUAACUUCAAAAUGUUUCCAAAUGCCUUAUUUAAGUCAUACCCAACAGAUUUGAAUUUCACCUCCUCUUUGAGAGUGUGGUGAAAUAAGCAGUUAAAUCAUGCAAAAGAAGACUUGGAAAAAGGAGAAAUAAAAAGAUCUUGCCCUGGU